GAUGCCAAAACGGGCUGAGCAUGUGCCGUCCGGCUGGGAUUUAUUCUAAACAAUAAAAGCUAAAGCGAAGGGUGGUGUUAUUUUUAAUAACAUCACCCAAGCAUCCGAGGCAGCCCGUUUUCGGGAUUUUUGGCUGCAUUAAUUAAGUCUGCUCUCUACUUCACUGACUAACUUGUUGCAGCCCGGCGCCGCUGCCAUAUUUUCAAUCAGGCGCACCGAGGGCAGACCUCAGGCUCUAUAUCGGAGGUCCUUCGUGGCCCUCGACGGCUCGCCUUCUUUCUCUUUGGACCGCGGGCGCUGUGAUGGCGGACUACGAUAACUAUGACGACCGAGACCGUGCUUACGGGAGUUUCGGCGGAGGCAGAGGGCCACGUGGUGGAGGGGGGCCUGGAGGACCCCGUAAGCAGAAGGAGCUGCCGACUGAACCGCCGUUCACGGCCUACGUGGGCAACCUGCCUUUCAACACGGUGCAAGGCGACAUAGACGCCAUCUUCAAAGAGCUGAAUGUCAGGAGCGUGCGGCUGGUCAGAGACAAAGAAACUGACAAGUUCAAAGGUUUUUGUUACGUUGAAUUUGACGACUUGGAAUCGCUAAAAGAAGCCUUAACGUUUGACGGCGCUCUCCUUGGAGAUCGGUCGUUGAGGGUGGACAUUGCAGAGGGUCGUCGGCAGGAGAAGGGUGGAGGGUUUGGGUUUAGAAGACAGGAUGAAAGAGGCCGUGGUGCUUCACGGGGCUCCAGAGGAGGGGGACGGGAUUCCAGAGAUGACUACGACUAUUCUGGAGGAGGCUUCAGAGAUGAUGACUUCAUGGGUGGGCAGAGUCGAGGGGGUGGUCGCCCCGGAGACAGAAGAGGGGGGGGCUCCGGAGGGAUGGGCCGCAACAGAGAUGGACCUCUCCGCGGCGGCUCCUUGGACUUCAGGGAGCCUUCUGAUGAGGAACGGGCACAGAGGCCAAAGCUACAGCUGAAACCACGCACUGUGGCUGGGCCCCUCAACCAAGUCGCCAACCCCAAUUCUGCCAUUUUCGGCGGUGCAAAACCCCGGGAGGAGAACUAAUAAGUCAGUGAGGCUGCUUAUUCAGGAAGGCCACGCUGGAUCUGCUGCUUUUGUUCACCAAAAAACAUUCAGAGACCCGUCCCAAAGAAAGGCAGCGUGGGCUGGGGGCUGGGGAUAAUUUCCCCCUCCCUGUUCAGCCACUCAACAAGCGCCCACGUCCAACUGGUAGGGAGUAGGGGCAGGGCAGGGUCUAUGGUGAAAACAAGCUGGUUGGACAUUGGCUUCAGAUUGACUAUGUUGCCUUUUUUUUUGUGUAAAACUGUUUCCUCUCCUGUUGUGUUUAUAGCAGUGUUUCUCAGCUCGGCCCUCAGGGACCAACAGAAAGUCCAUGUUUUUGCUCCCUACUAGAAGAUAGGAGGGAACAAAAACGUGGACUGUCUGCGGGUCCCCAUGGACUGGAUUGGGAAACGCUGUGUUGUACCAUGAUGGUCCCCUUAUUAACCCUACUCUUUGCUCUCCUCCUUGCUAUUUCAGGAGGGAUAUGUGUGUGUGAGAUUUUAGAUGGUUGAAAUUCCAAUGUCUUUAAUAUGGAAUUGCCACUAUGCCAAGAGCAGCACCUGUUUUCCUUUUCACCUGAAAAAUCCAUGCGUAGAAUUUGGAUAUUUAUGACUAAGAGGCUGUUGGAGGUGAGCAUCUUCACAGAGCUUGGCACAUGCAGUACUGGUGCCCAGGUACCUGCUUAGUCUGAACCCGGCUGACAUGCAUUUUAUUUGAACUUCCAUACACCAGGGCAGAGACGCACUCAAACUGAUCAGCUUCAUGUGAACUUUAGACUUGCAGAAAAUCAUAGGAAGAAAAAUCUUCACUUAUAUCAACAAACCAGUCUUUUUUGACUUUUGUCCAUUUUACUGGGUGUAACUGUGUAAAACACCUUUUUCUUACUGUACUGAAGAAAUAAAUCAGUUUUUGUUUCCUAUAUGGUUUAUGGCAAUAAAAUCAUUUUACAGUU